GACGCCAAGGUAGCUCUCAGGUUGUACGAGUUGUAAAUCAAAACAUUGACAUACUUACAAAUUGAAGGAAAACCAACGGCAACAAAUUGAAGAUUUGUUACUUUGGUUCUGGAGGAAUUAAUUUUACAUAUACAUUUUCUUUUGGUUUUUAAUAGCCCUUUGAUGAACAAGCAAAUUGGUGAAGAAAUGGCGACACUCGAUCCCUCGGAUGCACAGCUAAUGUUGAAAAAAGAAAGUUUACCGGCCGUUCGGAUUAGUAACACCGCGGAUAAAUUCUUUAAAGACUUAGAUGAGCAUCUUCUCAGCUUUACGUUUCCUGAAAGAGAACUGAGUGAUUUGCAAGGAGCUGUGUAUGAAUAAGUUGUAAAGUUGCUCACAAAAGUUGAAGAAAUAGACACUCGGUUUAAAUGUUCAGAUAUUGUAAAAGUUGGAAGCUUUCAAGAGAGUACCAAAAUUUUAGAGCCAAACGAAUUUGACUUUUUAGAAGUAGUUGAAGAAUUGUCUAAACAAGGAAAUGUUGAAGCUCUCCGUGUCUGCAAAGAUAGCCGCGGAUACAUGCACCUACGAGUGAAAGAUAGCCAUUUAAAAGAGAGAUGGUCAAAUUUCAUUGAUCAGGAUGGGUUUGUUCACGGUUAUAACAUUGUGAAAUCGGUCAGAGGCCUUAGUUCAAUACUGAUGGAUAUUUAUAUGGCCCAAACGUCUGGGAAACCAUUUGUUAUAGAAACGAAAUCAGGCAAACUUAAACUCGCGGGAGUAAAGGUAUUUCGCGAACCGAAUACGGAACUCAUUUUGCUUUGGACUACACAUGACAGAGGAGAAAGCUUUCAGAUUUCUGUGGAUGUGUCACCAGCUAUAAGAUGUCAUAAUAUAGAGGACGCAGUGACUAUAGAGGAUUGUCUAGAUGAAAACAUAUUCAGAGAAGUGUGUGAUCACGGGAGUUUCCUAUUAACAUCGGGAAGAAGAGACGCUAGUCAUGCUUCACCCUCAAAAUGUUUCAGAAUAUCAUUGACCGAAGUGGAGGUGAAGAUUAUGCUUAAACUUACUCCAAAGCAUAAAAUUUGCUACAGAGUAUUAAAGUUCUUCUUUACAGAAAUUUGUAAAACUCUAUCUGUUCGUGGAUUUAUCUAUUUUGGUCUCAGUUCAUACUGUCUGAAAACUGCUGUAUUGCAUCAUCUCCGGUCAUGUUCAAACACCAACCAGGAGACAAUACAUUCAUGCAUGGAGUCAGUCGUAUUAUUUCUACUUGAUGCUUUAAGUAAUGACAUGCAUCAGCGACCAGUUCUGCCAAGCAUUUUCAUUAAAGACCACAAUCUUUUUGAAUCUCUUUCCCGCUUCCAAACAGAUAAACGGAUUGCAUUAAAUCUGGUCAUGCAUGCCAAAUGCUUGUUGGUGUUUCGCUCUCUGGUCAAGAACUUUGGAACAAUUCCGUCAUCUGAUUAUUGCUAUAACAGUUGCUUGAAAACGUUCAAUGACACUUUAUCACAUAUGGAAACAAGUAAAAGUGUUGUAAUGGACAAAGCGAAUCAGUUUGUCAACAGUCAGGGUCAUUGGAAAGCAAUGGUGACCGUAAAAGAUCUUUUGACACAUUUUGAUGGCACGUAAAGUAUGUUAAUCCUUUACUCGCAUUGGCAUAAGUUAU